GAUGCGACAUUCAAUGGCGGCGGUUCCACUCGGAUGUUCGCGUCCUUUCAUCCUGGCAUCCCACACUGCGGUCCGCUUAACUAUGUUAUGUUCGGUCAUGCCACAUAAAUCAGUGUCAUAAAUCUGCGCGUCUUGUGUAUGAAAUUAUGUGCCAGUGCCGCUGUCCCGCAAGCAGCCACAAGAAGUUCUAGAUAUUUAUCUGCCGAGUGCCAAAUAAAAACUUGUCUAAAGACAAACAACUGAAGCAAGCAAAUUAGCCGUUUGGCGGGAAACGAAAUAAAGUGGCAUCCCAAUCCCAGCGGGUGAAAGUGAAGAAAGUCAAGUGAAAGUGGCGGCUGCCGUUCCUUAAAAGAAAAAAAACAAAAAAUCUUUCUUGUGCCAGCGUGCUUGGAAUGCUCAUCCGCGAGGCGUGAGCUACUGAAAGAUGGCCAUCCUGGAGUCUUGUUGCUUUUGGAAGGAUGUGCGGAGUGGCAGCUUUGCCUGCGCCAUCUACACAUUGGUUUACUUUGGCUUCUCGACGCUGAUGUUUUUGUUCUACCUAAUCGAGGAGCAGGACUUUCUGCUGGGAAACCGUGCUCAGCCGCUGGGUGAAAGUUUGCUGGAGAAGGGUGAUGUGACUGUAGUGACUGUGAUAUUCAACGUUUUGUUGCUCUUCUGCUCCAUACUGAUGGUGCUAUCGUCGGUUGUGCUCAUAUGGGGCCUCCAGCAGAACAAGAGACAUUUGCUGAUACCCUGGAUUAGUUUCAUGCUGGGCGAUCUGCUCAUCGAGGUCUGCCACCUGGUCCACUUGGCCCUCUCCCGCCGCGUCAAGUUCGAUCCGAUUGUGGGUUUCAUCUUCACCAUGGACUUCUUCCUACUGUGCCUCAAUCUCUACUGUCUGCUGUGCGUCAUCUCGCAGUACCAGACGUUCCGCUCCCAGCGGGCGGAGAUGCGACUGGCGGACUCGGCGGCUUCGCCUAUUGUGGUCUUCACAGCAGCGGAGAAGCUAACCAAAGCGCAGCAGCAACUGCAGCAAGCGCAGCAGCAACAGCAACAGCAGCAUGAUAAUGCGAUGCAGCAGCUGGAGACCGGAAGAGGCAAUGGGAAGCGGCGCCGUGUGCUCGGAGCUGCCAGUCCGUUAAUAACUUCGCAGCGACUAACCAAUUUCUCCACCAUCACCGAGGAGGAGGAGCAGCAGUCCCGAACAGACCACCUUGCGGAGCAGCCAACUGAAGAGGAACUCGGCCGCAUACCCAUUUUUACUCUGGCUUCCAGCCCAGCUCAUUGCAGUGAUGCAGCUCAUCACUAAGCCAAUGCUACGCGUUUGUUCUCGAAUACACAUUCCUGCAGAGAUAUAAGAUGUUUUUACAUAUUAAUUGAUCCGAAAGGGGUGAAUAAAGGAAAAUGAGAUUUUCA